AUGAGAUCUUUGCUAACCAGUUAUCAAACUGCCGAAUGGAAAUCGGCGAUCAGGGAAAAGAAGUGUCCGUGCAAGACACGCUCCUCGGAACGGGCAAAGCAUUUAACCGAGAGAUUACAAGACUCGUGGCAGCAUUUAUUGAGGGACAGAGCGACGAGAUCACUAACGUACAACGAUGAGCAGUUCCACGCACUGGAAAAAAUUAAGGUGGCCGAGACUGGCAAACGAAUCAAGUCGUUGCUGAACGAUGAUGUGCGACCGGUUGUCGCUCAAAUAGAAUGUUUGGCCGAUUGGUAUAAACAUGCGCAAACGAUUUACGUAAAGACACAGUAUCUGGAAAAGGACACAAAGAGUUGCGGUCAUUCGCUGUCCGGAAUCAGAGAUCACAUUUUUCAAAUUAAGGAAGAGCUACGGAAUGACGACGGCGAGUUACAGGUUUGUUAUAAUGGAGCGUAUGAACCAGCCAAACCGCCGCCAGUUCAACACCGCGAAUCACACAGGGAUAUGCGUAGCGCGCUCACCAACGCCGAUGAAAUCAACGAAAUUCUGCGAGUUAAUGCAGAACUGAUUCAAUUACUACAGCAAUUGGGUUGCGGCGAUGAUAAUCUGAAUUCAAUUGAUCACAGUCGACUGUAGACCGUAAUUGGGUUUGGAGAUCAUUCGCUGCCUUCGCUUGUAAGAUAAUACACUGGACUACGCUCACGAUAAGCAAAUAUUUUUUAGUUUUAUUUUUAAAUUUUUAAUAAAGCAUGGAGAUUAAAUAGAGAAA